AUGCCUGGCGAUAUUUGCAGCUCAGCCAUAAUGGAAAGUCUCGCUCGCGGAAAGAAAACGGGAAAUCUCCUUCUGUUACCCUUGUUUUUCUCUUUCUUUGCUUCUGCGGUGAAUUUUUCACCUCCUAAAUACUCUGCUUGCCACAGCAAACAUUUCGGCUAUGAUGGAACCGUGUGUGUCUGCUCGGACGAGCUAGAGUGUGACUCUUUUAGCGAAGGUAGUCCCUUGUCUCAUGGGGAAUAUGCUGUUUAUACAAGCUCAAAAGCAGGUGAUCGCUUCAGUUUAAGGACUGGGAAGAUACAAAGUGACUCCGAAGGAAGUCCACCUCGUGCUGAAGAAGCUGAACUUACUUUUACAGUGAACCAAAGCGAGAUUUUUCAGACAAUUCUCGGGUUCGGUGGUGCAUUUACAGGUACAGAAAAUAAUCUCAUAAACCUUUAAGCUGCAUUAUGUGUAAGGUUGAAGACCUACGAACCUGCACGUGUAUGGUUGGGAAAGAUGUCUCUGCAAAAGAAUCGAUAGUUGAGCCAGUCAGUUCAAUUCAAUUUUCGAGUCACAGGCCAAACUUCUAAACAAAACGCAUUCAGUAAACAUAAAAGUAGCUUAUAAGAUAAAACAAACAUAGCUAUUUUGUUUACUGAACGUGUGGAUAGACAAUGCAUUUUGUCACUGUUAUUCUUUAAUUUCAGAUGCUGCUGGAAUCAACAUUUUUAACAUCAGCUCCACUUUGCAAGAGAAACUCAUUUCAUCAUAUUUUUCGGAAGAUGGCAUUGAGUACUCCAUCGGACGCAUCCCUAUGGCUAGCUGUGAUUUUUCCACAUACCCUUACUCAUAUGACGACCAUGAAGGAGAUUUUGAAAUGCAGAAUUUUAGCCUGGCUAAAGAGGAUUUCAGUUUGAAACUUCCUGUAAUGAUAUCCGCGAUAAAGAUGAGCAAACGGAAUAUUAGGUUCUUUGGUAGCCCUUGGGCAGCUCCAGCCUGGAUGAAGACCAAUGAAAAAAUGCAAGGGCCUGGUGAAUUAAAAGGAGUCGCUGGUGACAAGUAUCAUAAAGCUUGGGCUUUAUAUUUUGUCAAGUUCAUCAAGGCUUAUGAGAAGAAUGGUGUGAAGAUUUGGGGGCUUACAGUAGAGAAUGAACCAUCAACUGGCUUUAUUCCAGGGUAA